AUGCAGGCCGGCAAUCACAAUCCAGAAAACAAUACAGGCAGCUUGAAGCCCAUCGCAGACUUUACCAAGACCAUUGAAACCGUCGCUCUUCCCGGCGAGAUGCCCAUUGGUAGUCUCAUCCAUUCUAAAGCGCCUCCGACUUGGGGUGUCGUCAAGGUUUCAAACAUCCCCUACUCCAUUACGAAGCAAGAGAUUAUGCAGUUCGUUGGCCGUCAAGCACGCCUUAUCCCGGGCCAUGCGGUUCACAUUAUCAUGGAGCGUCCGACCGCGAAGACCAUGGACUGCUUCGUUGAGUUUCAGACCCCAGCAGAUGCUGAGGAGACUGCCAAACGCAUCAACCGUAUCUUCGAGACUGGUCGUGCCCCGAGACUUGGCAACCGACACGUAGAAGUUGAACUCAGUAGCCAGGACGAUCUGUUGAAGGACCUGUUCCCCCGUGCGAAGUGUGUUGUUUGGCAGGGUGGCAUGCCCGGCAUACUUCGCAACACCGAUCCCUAUUCCACUGGAUAUGCUGGCUUCUUUACAACCGAGGAGAUCAUUGGCGCGAUUCGUCACGCAGAGAUGCCCCAUCGUUCUCCGUUCUGUGCCAAGUGCCCCCAACGCACCUACGAGUCAACCAUUAGCACUCUCUACAAGUUCCCCUGGUACGCACCCGAAUUCUACACCGUCCAUGACCGCAACCAGCUAUUCGAAUUGACCAAUCGCCACAUCAUGUCGCUGGUUUCUCGCAUGAGAAAGUCAAACACAGUUGGUCUGGACCAGAGACUCCUGCGUGACCUUCUCCAGGCCGGGCUCAACUGCCCUGGUUUUAAUGAACGCCAGAAAUACACUCUUUGCGUCAACUCCGAGGAAGACAGCGAGAUCGCCAAGAUCCCAGACUUGAGCAAAUGGUUCCCAUUUGAUACCCUGGUGAAUCUGCCCAAUUUCGAAUAUGUAGCACACCUGUACUACGCCAACCUGAUCUCCCAAGGAACAGUGCGUGAGACGAUCAACAACGAGCUGCCCAACAGCUUCCCCGUGAACACGGGCCUCAUCUCUCCAUUCGGUCGCAUCUGGUUCGAAUGGCCCACCGAAGUCGCCAAGCGUGUCUCUUGGGAGGAGGCCGUCGAGCAGGAGGCCGCCACUCUCUCCAACCUGGUUUUGAGCGGCUGGAUGCAUAGCGAGGGCAAAUCCUAUUCUAGCAACCAGAGUAACCUCAGCCCAUCCUCUCCCUCCACUAACAAGAGUGCGUCCCGCACUGAGAGCCUAUCCAAGGUUGGCACCCUGUCCACCCCAUCGCGCCGUGCCAGCGAAUGCUGGAAUAUCGGAAGCCCUCACUUUGAUAGCAUCGAAGACUGCUGGGGUCAGAAGUUGCUGUUUAGUCCUCAUGGAAGACUCCGAGGCGGAAUGCCUGGUCACCGUAUCACCCAUUCGUCUCCUAAUUGUCUCCCAAAGGCGAACCAGUGA